AUGAAGCUGCCCCACACAUUCCCCCUGACUCUUCUCUUCCUCAGUUGCCUAGAAUGUAACCCUUUCAAGAAGGGUAAGGAUAACAGUGAAAAAGGAAAACCUUAUUUCCCUUGGGCUCAGUCUGGUCAGUUCUCCACCCGUGACAAGCAUCUGUGCAGUUGGCAACUCAUCUCUGGAGAAAGGGAUACUGAGCUCCAGAUCACCUGUCACCCAGCAGAAGGAGAGGCACAGAGGUGUGUCUACCGGGGCCAGCCAGAGUUAUGUGCUGCCUAUAGUGCCAAAGGCCGUCAGUUCUGGAAGCAGAUCCUGGGAAAGCUCCGUCGGAAGCGCCAUCCCUGCCAGGACACCAGCCCUCUCAAAUCCAGGCUUUGUAGCAGCCAGGAUGAGGCAUCUGAAGCCCACUUACACCUGGUACAAACCACCCCAAGCACAGACACCCUGGUAGCCACUGCGAGUGUCACUCAGGGAAGUUCCAAGGGGAAAGGCCAUGGCAAAAACCUACCAGCAUCACAGAGAUCACCGCAAGUACCUCAAGACAUGACCAUCACCAAUCCAACAAAGAAUGGUGCUUUGAGGAAGCAAAAGAAAGGGGGAAAGAGGAAAGGAAACCCUAACUCUCCAGCAGCCCCAACCCAUCCACCCCAUAGGCAGCCUACAACAGCAGUUGUAGAAGGCAGGGUACAGCCCACAGAGCUCAAUGCCGAUGUGGUAGACACUUAUUGUGAAGAAAAAUGGCAUUCCUUGUGUAACUUUUUUGUGAAUUUCUGGAAUGGUUGA